UGAGCAGCGCUGCUGACCUCUGACAGCAAACACGGAAGCAGCAUGGCGUCAAACAGCAGCAGCAGCACUGCUCAGCACAGACUUAGGAUCAUAUCCGGACAUUUGCAAAAACGGCCAGAGGAUGAAAGUACGGGCAUCGCUGCCCAAGAGUGCUCAGCCGAGACUCCCAAAUCCACCCCGAUCAGACUGACACCAGUGCCGAAGAGAAGGCAGGAGAUCAUGAAAUGGAAUGGCUGGGGUUACAGUGACUCGAGGUUCUUGUUUAAUAAAAUAGGUCAAGCAGAGUUCACAGGGAAAAGGUAUCGGUUGAGUGGGCUGAUUUUGCCGAGUUUGAAGGACUGGUUUGAGGGAACUUUUGGAGCUAAUUUACAACAUAAAUCUCCUGCUACACCCACUCUGAAUUUAAGUGCAGUGGCGCCUCCUAACCUGAAUGAGCCAUUCAUUGAGGAUCUAAAGGCAGUGGGCGUGGCCAUGUCACAUGAUCCAGAAGAUCGGGUUUUCAGAGCUCAUGGACACUGCCUGCAUGAAAUCUUUGCCCUGCGUGAGGGGAGGAUAGGACGGGUGCCGGACAUGGUGGUUUGGCCAAGCUGUCACAAGGAUGUGGAGAAGAUUGUGGAACUGGCCUGUAAACACAACACCUGCUUGAUACCAUACGGAGGCGGUACGAGUGUGUCCAGUGCUCUAGAGUGCCCCCAUGAGGAGACUCGCUCCAUUGUGUCUUUGGAUACGUCUCAGAUGAACCGAAUAUUGUGGAUUGAUGAGAAGAAUCUCACAGCUCAUGUGGAGGCUGGAAUCAUUGGACAGGAUCUAGAGAGACAGCUGAAUGAGAGCGGUUACUGCACGGGACAUGAGCCGGACUCAAUGGAGUUCAGUUCUCUGGGCGGAUGGGUGGCGACGAGGGCGUCGGGCAUGAAGAAGAACAUAUACGGCAACAUCGAGGAUCUGGUGGUUCAUAUAAAGAUGGUGACCCCUAGAGGAGUGAUUGAGAAGAGCUGUCUGGGGCCCCGCAUGUCCAUUGGGCCCGACAUACAUCACUUCAUACUGGGCUCAGAAGGAACUCUGGGAGUGGUGACUGAGGUUACGAUGAAGAUCCGGCCCAUCCCUGAAUAUCUGAAAUAUGGCUCUGUUGUCUUCCCAAACUUCCAGCAGGGUGUGGCGUGCCUGAGAGAGGUGGCCAGACAGAGAUGUGCGCCAGCAUCUAUUCGGCUAAUGGACAACGAGCAGUUUCAGUUUGGUCAUGCACUCAAGCCACAAGUGUCCUCUAUAUUCACAUCAUUUUUGGAUGGGUUGAAAAAAUUCUACAUCACAAAGUUUAAAGGAUUUGACCCACACCACCUGUGUGUCGCCACGCUGUUGUUUGAGGGUGAUCGUGAGAAGGUUUUGCAGCACGAGAAACAGGUUUACGACAUCGCUGCCAAAUUUGGAGGUCUGGCUGCAGGAGAGGAUAACGGUCAGAGGGGUUACAUGCUGACGUUUGUGAUCGCAUAUCUGCGGGAUUUGGGAAUGGACUACUAUGUGAUGGGCGAGUCAUUUGAGACAUCUGUGCCUUGGGACAGGGUUUUGGAUUUGUGUAGGAACGUGAAGGAGAGGAUUGUGUUGGAAUGUAAAGAGAGAGGAGUACAGUUUCCUCCACUGUCCACAUGCAGAGUUACGCAGACGUAUGACGCAGGUGCUUGUGUGUACUUCUACUUUGCCUUUAAUUACCGAGGUCUGAGUAAUCCAGUCCACGUCUAUGAACAAGUGGAGCAUGCAGCCCGGGAGGAGAUUCUAGCCAACGGAGGAAGCCUGUCUCACCACCAUGGAGUGGGGAAACUCAGGAAGGAAUGGAUGAAAGAGAGCGUGUCCGUCGUGGGUCUCGGCAUGCUGAAGUCGGUGAAGGAGUACAUCGACCCUCAGAACAUUUUUGGGAACAGAAACCUGUUGUAAUUCUGCUCCAAACUCUGGAUUCCUGUUUUCUGCGAUCAUCUAAUCGUAUUUGAUUAAAACUUAAUAUUCUUGUUUUUUCAUCUUAGUGUGUGUGUGUGCACAGUAAUAUGAUAAACCAGUCCUCUGUUUCCCUUUAACACUGAUUUCUUUAAGUAAUGACACCUUUAAAGGAAUAGUUCACCCAAAAAUGAAAAUUCAUGCAUUACUUACACACCUUAAUGUCAUUAUAAACAUGUAUGCUGUUAUUUUGUCAGCGGAACACAAAAAAUUUGAAAUUUUUAAAUAAUUAUUAUGCAAAUCACUUUCGCUGAAGCUUGCAGACCAUGUACAGAGUCAAAAAUGGCCUGUCAAUGUCAACCUCACGCAAAGCUAUCCUAUGGCUUCAGAAGGCUUGGAAUACAAUGCAGAAAUAAUUUGUAUUGAUGUUUAUGGUGCUUUUUGUACUGUCUUUUUUGGAGCCGAACAGACAUUGUUGGAUGGCAAGAGCUGUGUAACAAUUGUUCAAACAUUUCUGCUUUUGUUUUCUAUGUAAUAAAUAGCAGUACAUGUUUGGAACGACAUGAGGGUGAGUGAGUAAAUAAUUGCAUCAUUUUCAUUUUAAAGUUACUUUUUAACUACUCAGACUGCCUCAUUAUUAACACAUGAUGUAAUUUCUCUCUGGUCUUUCCAUUGUUCAUUUGUUGUAACAGGAUUUUUAUAAUCAAUUGUCUGGAUGCUUUUGUUUCUUCCACUGCUGUUGUGUUUAGUAUGUUAGCAGUGACUGAAAUCAGCUUUUAAAAUCAGUGUGCCUUCUUUCUGUCUGUCCAAUACUCCUCAUUCUGAGUGACUCUAAAUGUUUACUGUCUGUUUUCUUCUCUCUUCCUUAAAGUACUUUUGCCUUUUCUAUCCUUUAUUUCGAGCUGUUUCUCAUAAAUGAUCUGUAUUAUGUUUUUUGGGUGAUUCUCACAGAAAAACAUCCAGGUCAUGUUUACAUUUUUCUAAAAUUAAAAGAAAAAAAAAAUUAUUUGUUGCAUAAAGAAAACGUUGAUACUUAUUUUUAAGACCAUUAAGAUUUUUUGCAUUGUGACAUAUUAUUAAUAAUAUAACAAAUUUCCCUCCAAUUGUAUACCUGUAAUGCUAAAAUUCUAGUUUUCAUUACUAUAUUAUAAAGUAAAAAUAAAUUAUAUAUCGCAUAAAGAAAAUAUUAUCAUGACCCGGACCGCCCUUCGCCCUGUCACAAAAUAAUAUACAGCUCUGGAAAAAAUUAAGAGACCACUGCAAAAUUCUCAGUUUCUCUGGAUUUACUAUUUAUAGAUAUGUGUUUGAGUAAAAUUAUUUUUUUUAUUGUUAUUUAGAGAAUUUAUUUUCAGAAAAUUACAUCUGGUCAAAAAACAAAAACUAUGCUGUUUUCAUACAUCGAAUAAUGCAAAGAAAACAAGUUCAUAUUCACUUUUAUAUAUUCAUAUUUGGAAUUUGGGAGAAAUGUUGUGAGUACUUUAUAGAAUAAAACAAAUAUGUUCAUUUUACUCAAACAUAUACUAUAAAUAUUAAAUCCUGAGAAUCUGAUCAUUUUGCAGAGGUCUCUUAAUUUUUUACAGAGCUGUAAAAUGUUUUCGCACAGUAAUGAGAGUAAGAUGAAUGUAUGUAUGUGUAUAUUUUACAUAUAACUGUAAAGUUUUAUAUUGAUAACUGGGGGAAAUAAGUUAUUUCUUUAUGGCCAAUUAUUAUAAUUUUUUCUUUUAAUUUUGAGCUGAAAUAUGACUCUGGCAUUUAUGUAAUAAAAUUGAUAACAUCAGAGUUUGAAUUUGAAAAAGCCUCCAAAUGCAUGAUCUUGAGGAAUUUUUUUAUUUUAUUUAAUGUUUUAAAAAGUGGUGCUGAUUCUUUUUUUUUAUAUAUUUGCACUUCCUUGCUUUCCCGGAUGUCAUCCUACAAUUUUGCAACAUGAAUUUAGCAGUCUGAAUAUUGAGACGACCACCGCUUGAAUAAUUAAAUUUUACAACCUGAAUUUAAAGAUGAAUUCACAUAAAACAUUUAGAAAUAUUUUAAAUUAACCUUUAAAUUUACAUUUAAAAUGUUCAGUCACACUGAAUUACACACAUGAAUUCAGUGACCUUUUCAAAUUCAAACGCUCUGAUGAUAUCAAUUUGACACCAUAGGCUCUUGAUUGAUUUUGUGAGAUUCACUCUUUAAGAGGUGCCUAAGUUUAUGCAUUGAAUGAGAUCUGUUAAAAAUUCACCCUGUAAAUAUAGGGUUUAAAAACCGAGAUGUUGCGCCAGUGUUGUGUGCUAGUCUUUUAAAGCCCUGAUCAUGUGUGUAUUCUGCCGUCUUAGAACAUGUUGCCUGUCUGACGGAGGUUUUAGUUUGAGUGGAUUUGUUUGAUAAUUUCAUUGAUUUUUAUCAAAUCUCUCUCCUUGUGUUUCUACCAAAGACAUGCCUUUAAAGAUUCUUUAAAGGCAUGCUGCAGCUUCACACACACACACACGUACAUCCUGUAUAUAAACAUGAUGGCACAUUUUUGAGUGUACGAUUGCUGAAGAUUCAUCAAGAUAAAUAGUAUUUUUUAAACACAACAUAUGCAAAAAGCCAGAGAUGAUAUGAACUUGGAUGUAAAACAUUAUCUGUGACAGUUAUAUCAUUUGAUUUGUAUGCAUUCAAUGUUGAGGAAAUAUGAGACUAAACUUGUCAGAAAUCUCAUCUCAAUCAGUGCACAUGUCUGGCUCCAAACACACCCACUCCUCCAACUGUUCGGCCCACCGGAGGGUCCUAUCGCCUUCCUUACAUGUUAGAGCUGGAGCGGGGCCUGUCAGUGCAUCUUUAAAAAAUUGUCUACUUCCAAGAAUGCACCAUAGUUCAGAUGUUUGAUACCCCAUUCAAAGUUGUGAAGACCCAUAUAUUCUACUACUGUAGAAGGUGAAAGAAAGAUAUAAACGUGGAAUAACAGGUUAAUUCAAUGUCUUUAACUCGCUUAUAAAAUGCCACAGUGAGCGCGUUUACAUGCACGUUCUUACAUCGAUUAUGCUUAAUAAGGCUGCAACAUGUGUGGUCAUGUAAAUGCAUUUUUAAACUUUACCAUGCGCAUGACUCGCGGUUUAACAUCAAAAGCAGAUAAAAACUCUUUAUUUCAAAUCUCAUGUAGAUGUGGUUUCCUUUGUAUGAUUUUUUUAAUAAGCUGAUUUUGGGGAGUAAUCAGCAUAUUGGUGUGCAUGUAAACGGACUCAGUCUGUGUGUGUACCAUUUUACAGGGUAAAGAUGGCUUUCUUUACUACAGUGGCACUUUUGUAAGGCAUUUAACCCUAAACAAUUAAUCAAAUUGCCUUGUCAGGGCUUUUAUUUUUAUAAACACUGCACACUUCUGUGAGUUCCCACUGCUCAGCCCUGUCAAACAGGGCUCUGAUAUUCAACAGAGCUUUUUCACAUGUUUCUCAAAUGACACCAUCAUUUAUAAAAUGGCAUAAGAGCUUUAAAAUGUGUUAUAAAUCCAUCUACAUUACUGAGCUAUUUUGUGUAGCUGAAAUGUAAAAUGAUGGGAUUUGCGGAGCGGUUUCAUCAUCAAGCCUCUUAUAUUUCACUAAAAGAAGAGCUUUAAAAAAGAAACCGUGUAUUAAAAGAAAAUUAUGAAAGUUAUCCUUGUCUUUUCACAGAUUUUUUGGUCAUGUGUUUUAAUAUCGGAGUACAUUUUGUCUAAGCUGUUUGUGCAAUAAAAUAACAUGUUGAA